UAUAGGGAGGGAGUCAGAACGAGAGCCUGAUUAUUCCAGUCCCUGAAGCAAACUCAGCUUGCUGAAAGCUUAUCAAGCACUUUCUCACUCCUUUUCAAAACUCAUCCUGAAAAAUGUCUCCAGUCACUCCAUGCUGAACUGCCCACCUAGUUUGAGGUGGGAGCAACACGACCCAACUGUGGACCAAAGUCUUCAGAGCAAAUGCGAUUGCGAUCGAUUUUUAAAGGAAUAUUUUAACUGAUCUCUCUCUCACUUCACUCGCCCCCCUGCUUAUGUCAACUUGACUGGAAAUCAUUGUUUGCUGAAUCGCAGCUGCCCACUGGAUCGCAUCUCAGUAUCAUCAUGGCUUUAGAAAUGGAGCAAAAAGUUAGCAAGCUGACUUUCGGAUUUCAGCGCAGCUCAACCUCGGAUGAUGAUUCUGGCUGUGUUUUGGAAGAGUAUGCAUGGGUUCCACCCGGUCUAAAGCCAGAACAGGUUCAGCUAUAUUUCUCCUGUCUGCCAGAUGACAAGGUCCCUUAUGUUAACAGCCCUGGGGAGAAACACAGAAUUAAGCAGCUCCUGUACCAACUACCACCCCAUGAUAAUGAGGUGCGUUACUGCCAAUCACUGAGCGAGGAAGAAAAGAAAGAAUUGCAGCUCUUCAGUGCCCAGAGGAAAAAAGAUGCAUUGGGAAGAGGAACAAUCAAACAGCUACCAAGAGUCCAAAUGCAUACAGCUUGUGAUCAGUGUGAGGAAAAGAUAAAUGGAGGUGAAGUCGCAAUAUUCGCUUCCAGAGCUGGCUCUACUGUUUGCUGGCACCCAGCGUGCUUUAUCUGCUCAACCUGCCAGGAGCUCCUUGUCGAUCUUAUCUACUUUUACCAAGACAGAAAAAUCCAUUGUGGCAGACACCACGCUGAACUCCUGAAACCCCGCUGCUCUGCCUGCGAUGAGAUUAUUUUCGCUGAUGAAUGCACAGAAGCUGAAGGCCGUCACUGGCACAUGAAGCAUUUCUGCUGUUUUGAGUGCGAAACUAUUCUCGGUGGACAGAGGUAUAUUAUGAAGGAUGGACGUCCAUACUGUUGUAGCUGCUUCGAGAGUCUAUACUCAGAAUAUUGUGAAGCAUGCGGGGAUCAUAUAGGAGUCGAUCAUGCACAGAUGACGUAUGAUGGACAGCAUUGGCAUGCCACUGACAAAUGCUUUUGCUGUGCUCAGUGCAGGACUUCACUUCUAGCAUGUCCUUUCCUCCCAAAACAAGGUCAGAUUUUCUGCUCAAAAACCUGCAGCCUGGGUGAAGAUGUGCAUGCCUCGGAUUCCUCCGACUCUGCGUUUCAAUCGGCACGGUCAAGAGAAUCCAGGAGAAGUGUGCGAAUGGGGAAAAGCAGCAAGUCUGCAGAUCAAUGCAGACAGUCGCUGCUACUUUCACCUGCUAUAAACUACAAAUGCCCUGAUUUCUCUGGGAGAGGGGAUGAUCCCCUAUCUCAACAAAUGGAUGCUCUCAGCCUCACUGACCAAGCUGCGAGUCUCAGCAACAAUCGGUUUUGGAAGGGCCGAAUGGAGCCUGACACAGGAGAGGAACAUGAAGAAUGGGCGGAGCAUGAUGACUACAUGACCCAGCUACUGCUUAAAUUUGGGGAUCGGGGCAUCUUUCAACAGUUCAAUGAAGACAGCCGGCAAUGUGAGAACUGGAUAUCAGACAGCGACGCCAAAAGUAAACUGGAACUGAAUGGCCCUAAUAGUCAAGGCUUGGUAACUAAGAAAUAUGAAUCCAACAUGUGCUGGGCACAAUCCCAAGACAACCUGGGAGAUUCAGCCUAUGGCAGCCAUCCAGGUCCUGCCAGCAGUAGAAAGAUUCAAGAGCUUGAUAUUGAACAUAGCGCAGUGGGCUACAAACAUGACCAAAACCCAUGGUAUGAAGAUUCGCUGGAAUGCCUGACUAAUGAUUUAAAGCCGGCUGAACAAAGUGUUCGAGACUCUGUGGAUUCUCUGGCCCUGUCUAAUAUCACAGGAGCUUCAGUAGAUGGAGACAGCCAGCAAAGGUCAUCCAUGUUUGCUGUACAGGAUUUCCAAGAAAUUGAGAAUGACUGUGAAAAAAUGAGUAACAUGGGAACAAUUAACUCCUCAAUGCGUCACCGCAGCACAGAAUCCCUCAAGAGCUUGACAUCAGAACUCUGUCAGGUCGUGACACCAGAGGAAAAGCCAAAGGCUCUCUAUAAUCCAAUGCUAAGAAGAUCAAAGUCCCAGUCAAGGCCACAGCAAGUUAAGUUUUCUGAUGAUGUCAUUGAUUACAGGAACUAUGAGGAGAUAGAAAUUCGCCAACCUCCAAUGAGUGAAAGAACUCGCCGGCGUGCAUACAAUUUUGAUGGAUAUGGUAAUCGGCACCAUCAUCGGCGCCGCAAGAGCAGGAAGUCCCGUUCUGACAAUGCCCUCCAUCUGGUCACAGAAAGGAGGAGCCCAAGAGAAAGGCCUCGUGUGUAUUCUCCAGAGGACUGUGACAAAUUAAUUCAAGCCAAAGUCUCACGUGAAAGGCAAGCAUAUAUUCAAAGCCAGGAAGUGUAUGGGCAGUGCAAUCAUAACCCAGACUAUGCACUACAGAAUCAAGUAGUAGACAAAUUUCUUGGAUUGUAUGCUGAGGACGAUGACUCCUGGUGCUCAACAUGCUCCUCUUCAUCCUCCGAUUCAGAGGAAGAAGGCUAUUUCCUUGGGCAACCUAUCCCACAGCCCAGGGCCCAAAGAUACCAGUAUUAUACAGAUGAGCUUACAGGGCCAUCAUCAGUGCUGCCAGGUUCCAGUGUUGGACCUCGGACCACCAAAGCCAAAAAGAAAAAGGGGCACAAAGGGAAAAAUUGUAUAAUUUCCUAGAGCGGAAUUAGUAUGAAUCAAAUCUGCAAGGAGCUUUUCACGCCUACCACCCUGUGAAUUCAAAUGGUGUUACUAAAUAUCUAGUGGAAGCAACCUAUAAGUUAAUUUGGGAGUACAGAAUACCCAGAGAUAAAGUCGUUGAUGGCGAGAAUGCUACUUGUCUACUUUAAAUCCAGGAGUGACUGUUACGGCACUUGUGGAUAAACACACUCUUGUUUACACUUGUAGCAGUACAUUUGUUUCUGUAUUUUCAUGGGCUAUCUACUUAUAAGGAGGUCUUGUGGGGCAGUGGGUAGCAUCCCUGCCUCUGAGCCUGAAGCUCUGGGUUUGAGUCUCACUCAGGACUUGUAGGCAAAGGAAGAUGCGUUCAUAGCUCGGCCAAACAAGUUGAGUAUCAACCUGCAAAUCCUUCUGACAGAUGUCAGUGGCUGGUGGCAAGAGCAGGAGAGACUCCUGGUCAGCCAUGUGAUAGAAAAAAAAUGUUGGGAGCCUAUACCAUCACUAUCCACAGCUCCAGACAACAAAGUGCAUGUUGCCACUGCAACUGGGAAUUGCUGAGUAAACUGUAACACAUCACCACCAUCUAUUUAAACUUCUUUCAUCAUCCAGUACAACACGAAACAUCAUACUGCCGAGUUUACAUUUUGAGAAAGCUUUAAGUGGUUUUGUCGGCUUUUAACAUUGUAACCUUUUAAUAUGUCUUAAUUGGUGCUUUAUCUUAUUAUAAUAUUAAAUGUUCACUCACAUUAAUUAUUUGCAAUGAGUUUGUAAAGCCAAAACAAAAGGGGAUGAAUGACCAAGGGGCAAAAAGCAAUAAAAGUCAGGCUGGAGUUUAUGGGUGUAAAUCUGCUUCACCCAAUUCUAAUAAUACAGGCAUUGAAAUAGCUGCAAUUUGUAAUUUCAAAGAAAAAUGUUGGUAUUUAAAAUGUAACAUUUAGUAACUAAAGCUAAUCAUAAUUUAACAGUGCAAAUAAUGUAUAUAUUGUAAAGUCCAGAUUAAGAAACUGAUAUUUUUAUAUAUCCCUGAAUUACAAAACAAGUCGUUUAUCUUUGGUUGUAAGAAAUAGAUGUAAUGAAGUAAUUGGCAACGUUAGAUUCAUUUUCUUAAAGGCCCUUGUGUUAAAUAACAAUUUAGCGUUUUGUCUUUAGAAUGUGUGUGUUUAAUGCUUCGACUUGAUACAGCAAGCAGCUUCCCCCUGGUCUUUUUUUUAAAUUAAAUUCCUGCUGGGGUCCUUAGUAUGCAGUGUAUUACUACACCUUAGUCAGUUCCAGAGCCUGGGGUCCAUGCUAUGUUACAAGAGCUCAUUGUGAAUCAGCUAAUGUAAAGAAAUAUCAGACUGAUGUAUAAAUGUAAAAACUGGAACAUGUGGAUGAAUAAAAUAAAAGUUAUAAAAUAAUCCAAUUUGUUUCAUUAAAAUGCAUUACGUUCAAUAAAACUGUGAAGUGAA